CUGACAUGUGGGCGCGCGCUCGCAGUGUCAGUGCAGUGGUGCGCUCUGGCUGGAUUGUUGGGAACUUUGUGCAAGUGAGUCAACACGGCACACAGGGAGGACGCCACCCAGCCCCGCCGCUGGAUCUACUGCUGGGCUUCUCGGAGGAGGACACAAAGACAACUACUUUUCGACUUCUUCUCGACAACUGUGGAUCUAGUUUUCGCGCACCGGGGAUGUUUAUUGUCGUCUUUACGCUGCUUUUUCCUCAUUGGAAUUAACGCAGCGGAAAAUGAAAGUGACGGUGUGUUUCGGGAGGACCCGGGUGGUCGUUCCGUGUGGAGAUGGGAAUAUAAAAGUCGAAAGCCUUAUCGAACAAGCGGCUAUGAGGUAUAAGAAGGCGAUCGCAAAGGACCCCAGCUACUGGAUCCAGGUACACAGGUUGGAACAUGGAGAUGGAGGCAUUUUGGACCUGGAUGACAUGCUCUGUGAUGUGGUGGAUGACAAAGAUAGGCUGGUAGCAGUAUAUGAAGAGCAGGAUCCUCACAAUGGAGGGGAUGGUACCAGUGCCAGCUCCACCGGUACGCAGAGUCCCGAACCCUUCGUCAGUGGCAUGAGUUCGGCGUCUGCCUUUCAGCCCUACCAAACCACUAGUGAGAUCGAGGUCACCCCGUCCGCUCUGCGAUCCAACAUGCCUCUCCAUGUCCGUCGCAGCAGUGAUCCCUCUCUGGCUGACCUAGUUCCAGGCGAAGUCCCGGUUGGUCCAGAGGAACCGUCCAGAAAGAACCCAGCACGAUGGUCCACCACGGUUGGCUUUCAAAAGCACAAGCACAAACCAAACGUAACCGCCGGCACAGGCACAGGCAGUCUGGAACGAAAGGGUAGAGGAGGCAAUGCCUAUCGGAGUCUUCCUCGUGACACGAGUGGCUGGCCCACUCAGUUCCAGAGAGAAGUGACUCGAUCCUCCCUAAGCGCAAACCAUCCGAUGGUGGACAGAUGGCUUGACAGACAGGAACAGGAGGAGGAGGAGGAGGAGGAAGAAGAGCGAAGGAGACAAGAAAGGAGGAUUGAACGUAUAGAGCCAGUAGGGAGGGCUGAUUCUUCACUGGAACAUUCACCUGGGUUUAGUCUAGAAGGCCUGCUCAAGCCAGUCGAAGUGUCCAAUGGAGGAGGGCCCCUGGGGAUCCACGUAGUGCCGCUCAGUUCGCACGAUAUCAGGACGCAGGGCUUGCUGGUUAAGCGUCUGGAGCCAGGGGGAAAAGCCGAGCAGGAGCGACUCUUCCAGGAGAACGACUGUAUCGUCAAAAUCAAUCAGGGAGACAUUCGUCACCUACGCUUUGAACAAGCCCAGAACAUUUUCAAGCAGGCGAUGCGUGGCCAGGCUAUCCUCUUCCAUGUCGUCCCCGCGGCCUUUAAAAGACAUUACGAGAUGCUGUUUAUCCAGAGCGAGCUCAGCCCGCCCCAUCCCAACAGAGUCCGCUUUAGCCAAGAUUCUCAACCGCCGAGGGACAGGUCCAGUCUUGUGGGGGGGAUGACACCCAGAACUGGACCACAACCAGGCUUUGACAAUGACCACCCGGCGCCACUGGCAGGAAGCACCCCAGAGAUGAGCCGACGGAGCGCCACGUUACCGCACACCUUGGUCUCCAGAACCUCCUCUGCCCACUCCCCCUCCCUGCAGCGCAGGGUGAGCACAAACCCGUCCAACAGCACCUACGUAAAGAACAAAGGACGCAGAUUCAACAUCCAGCUAAAGAAAGGUCCUGAGGGUCUCGGCUUCAGCAUCACAUCCAGGGACGUCCCCAUUGGUGGCAGUGCUCCCAUUUAUGUCAAAAACAUCCUUCCUCGAGGGGCCGCUAUCCAAGAUGGCCGAUUGAAAGCUGGAGACCGGCUGCUGGAGGUAAGUGGCGUGGAUCUGAAUGGAAAGAGCCAGGAAGAGGUGGUGGCCCUGCUCCGAGCCACGCCCAUGGGAGGAACUGUGAACCUGUUGGUGACUCGCCCAGAGGACUCCCUGCUGCCCCGAGAAGUGCAGGCAGAAGAGGACGACAUCGUGUUAACCCCUGAUGGUACACAGGAGUUCAUGACCUUUGAGAUCCCUCUAAGUGACUCGGGCUCAGCAGGCCUGGGGGUCAGCGUCAAGGGGAACCGGUCCAAGGAGAACCACGCUGACUUGGGCAUCUUUGUUAAAUCCAUAAUUAAUGGAGGUGCUGCUAGCAAGGAUGGCCGUCUACGAGUCAAUGACCAGCUCAUUGCAAUCAAUGGGGAGUCGCUGCAUGGUAUGACCAACCAGGACGCCAUGGAAACCCUGCGCACAUCCAUGUCUGUUGAGGGCAACAUACGAGGGAUGAUUCAGCUCAUCGUGGCCCGGCAUGUGUCCAAAAACAAUGAGGAAGCCCCCGGAAGCCCUCCAGUUUUAAUGAAUCCUGUGAACCCUCUACUGGACAACCAUGAGCGCCGGAUUUCAAACUCCCUGUAUGAAAGCAUUGACAGCUUGGAAAACCACACCAAACCGCAGGCUAAUACAAUCGGACGCAUUGGUAACCACCAGCUGUCCCCAACAGUGAACAUGCCGCAGGACGACAUAGUGAUGAUCGAAGACGAUAGGCCGCCCACGCUUCCUGCCCAUCUUUCCGACCAAUCAUCCUCCAGUUCCCACGAUGACAUGGUCUUUGUGGGAGAGAACCCGGUGACCUGGCUCCACGAGCUGCCCGGUCAGGAUGAAUGCUCGCUCAGUCCAGACGCAAACCCUGACGCAUCGUUCCAGAGGGAGGGCUUCGGACGCCAGAGUAUGUCUGAAAAACGCAUCAAACAGUUUGAGAAUGCUGCUGAGUUGGAGAUCGUCAAGACGCGCAAGUCCAAGAGUAUGGAUCUAGUAGCAGAUGAGAUUAACUGCAGCACAAGAACAAAUGAAGGUUCUAAAGAACAAGAUGUGGGACCAUCGCUGGGCCUGAAAAAGUCAAGUUCCCUGGAAAGCCUCCAGACGGCUGUUGCUGAGGUGACGCAGAACGGUGAGAUCAACGUCAACAGGCCCCGCUCACGGAUCCUCAGGGGCCGCGGCUGCAACGAGAGCUUCAGAGCUGCCAUUGACAAAUCAUACGAGAAACCUGGUACCACAACACCAGAGGAAGAAAACAGCAUGGAGACAUUGGACGAGGACACGGAGGGAAGCUCCAGAUCAGGUCGCGAGUCGAUGUCCACCAGCAGCGACCUCAAUUUGGGACCAGGGAUGAACGGCAACCUUUCCAAAGAUGACAGACAGAAAGACAAGGUUGGAGGCAAGGAAAAGAAGAAACCUGAACGGGAUAAAGAGAGGGAGAGAGACAAGGACAAGAACAAAGCCAAGAAAGGCGUGCUGAAGGGCCUGGGCGAGAUGUUCAGGUUUGGAAAACAGCGACCAGGAGACAAGAUGGAGAGGAAGGGCUCCAGUAAAUCUAAAGCUGAGGACAUGCAGGCGUCAGAGGACGAGACCCAGCGGAUGAGGCUGGAACAAGAGAGAAUACAGGCCAAAAAGCUGGAGCUUCGUGAAAGGCAGGAGAAGGAGAGGGAAUAUGCUGAGAUCCAAGAUGUUGUUGGCGGUACCUUCAGCUCAGAUGAGGAGCCCACCUACGCUGGCAUCGGAUCUUUAGACUCGUCGAUGGAUAGCAGCAGCAUGGACCCUUACAGCCACCACUACCAUCUCCCACAGAGUCCCCUGAGUCCUCCCCUUCCCAUCAGCCAUCAGGAAAAUGGGCCACCCUUGGAGGCUCUGUAUGCCCAGGUCAACAAGCCGCGCAAUGGACGCCCUGCAGCUCCAGACAGCAGCCAGAUGGCUCCCAGUAAUCACGACCGGAUACUGAGGCUGAGGAACGAGUUCCAGCAUGCCAGGCACGAGGACGAUGUGGACGACCACAGGCACACCUACAGCUUCAACCAGACCUGGUCGAGCAAUGGGACGGAACCACUGAGCGGACGCCAUUCAGUCAACGUUGACACGCAGCAGCCGCAAGAAGAUGAUUUCCAACAAGCACAGAGACAGUUCAGCUCCCUGCCACGGCCACCCCAUAAGACCCCCAGCACGGUGUCCCAGGACUCAUGGGACAAGGUGUACAUGCCAGAAGAGGGAUUCCAGCCAUCCAAGGAGAACCCUCGCCACCCCUCCAGCCAGGGGUCACGUAACGGAUACCUGGGGACGUCCAACUUCAAUGCUCGUGCCCUCUUAGAGACUCAGGAGCUGCUGAGGCAGGAGCAGAGGCGCAGAGACCAGGAAGCCAAGUCCAGGCCUGCUUCCAUGCAGGAGACCCCCAGCAGCAUCGCCUACGACCACAGCAGAGAACACACUCAGGCCCCUGGCCCCGCCCCGAUGCAGGCCGCUCCUCAGACCAAGGGCCCCUACAGACAGGACGUACCCCCGUCGCCCUCUCAGCUCGCCAAGCUCAGCAGGCUGCAGGGCUCAGAGAAAGGGAGGCUGUUCUACUCUUGAGACAGUGACACGGUGGGACUUUUGGGAGAUUAGGACUGAUUCCAAAGAGCAUUAACAGGGAAAUAUACAAAGUGGGCAAAGUGUCUUCUUUUUGUAUGAACAUGCUGAGAAACAAAGAUUUUGAUGGGACUGUUGAUAGGAAAUGUUAAUAUUUAAAAAGGAUGUUUUUAAUGAUACGAACCAUUAUCCUUUUAAGCUGUCAAAAAGAAAUGAAUUGCUAUGUUUUACUGUCAUCUAACUAUGUGCAUAAGUGCCUUCUCGUCAAUCGAUUGUUCCCCUUUCGCAGGCAUCAGCCCCAUUGUUAUGGCUCAUGAUCUGCAGAUUUGACCCAUCCAUCUGAAAGAUUCAGUAGAGCAGACACCGCGGCAGAAGGCAAUUGGUUUGGGCCAUCACGACAGCAGUGUGUCCCAAAUAUAAUAACCCCGAGCACGAGACAUGUUUUUGCACCCCUCCCCGUGCUGGCGGGGGUCUUAGUCGAUACAUCGCUUGUGUGAAUGAGGCUGGUUUUUUUCAGGUCACUUCGACGAGCAUAGCUUCUGCGUGUAAAGUGUGUGUGAGUGCUGGCUGGAGUCUGCAUGUGGGUGACAAAGUGUGGAUGUUAAGCAGCUUGUGUGAGAGUCAGAGCUUGGGGUUUGGGCAUGACCCCCACCUCAGUUCAGAGAAAUGUCCCCUUUGGUUUCAGAUACGACACUUACCCAGACUGCGUAUCCUCCUUUCAACCCCCUCUCAACCCCCUCUCGUAUUCAAUAUGAUAAUCCUGGAUUCUCCUCCUCUGCUGGCUGCUUUAUCUCAGUUUCUUCUCCUUCACAUUGUCACCAAACGUUCUCUCAGUGGAGGGAACAGCUUUAAAUCCCCCUUACUCCUACCCUGUCCUGCCCACCCAGGGAAACCAGUAGUGUGAGUGGGGUCGGGUCUGGGUUAUUAAUGAAUGUACCUCAUUCAAAAUGAAUGGCCCCCCUUUGUGUGUGUUUAUGUUGUCAUGUAUAUCGAGAUAAAGAAACAGGGACCUUGCCAUCCUCGCCUAGAGUGAAUCGGCUGUAACCGAAACCUUCUAGGUGUCUGAGUUGUUCCUCGCUGAAUAUUUCAUCAGCGUGGUUACAGAGGGAACCACAGCACACUGCAGUAGGUGGCCUCAGAGCCAUCUGCCCCGUACAAUGGAGCUGAUUUUCUUUUCUUUUCAUGAUUAUGUCCAUUGGUAGAAAACCAUUUUGGGGCCUUUCUGUGGUUCAAUCAAUAAUUAGUGGUGUGUGAGCGUGUUUGAUACUGUGUUUGUGAAUGGGUGUGUGUGUGUUCGUAUUUCCAUCCCUGUAAGAACAGAGAUUGAGAAUUUGUUUUGCAAUGUGAGGAUGUUUCCUAAGACAAAGGUUCCUUUUGAGUUACAGUUAGGUUUAGUUAAGGUUAAGAUAAGAUGUCAAAUUGAUUAUUGAUUAACCCUGACUAGGUUUUUUAACAUGUUUUUUGGGUCAUUCCUUCAGUACACGUACAUGCACUUAGGAAACCAUGUAACACAGCUAACUGUAAAAUGUGGUUUCCUUAGAAACCCUGGUUCCUGUAGUAACCUGGUAACUGUACAUCUGUGUAUACAUGCAGCAGGUCAGUAAUCAGAUGUAUUCCCUGCCCCUGACAUCAUUCCUAAACAUAGCAUACUUUUUUUUAACUGUUCUAGUAAUACAACAUGAUGCUUUUUGAUGAAUGUGAUUCUGUUUUACAAAUCCAUCAAUGUUUAGCCAUAGAAACCGACUUCAAGAGGCUACUCAGUGUCAGUUUUAGUUGGGAAACAAUCAUUUUGACUACGAAUGCAUUUCCACAUGUAAUGAUCUCUCCCUCUGCACAGCUGUCCCAGCUCUUCUCUCUGUCUGAAGUCUUUGUCAUGCAAAUGCUCACAUGUAAAACCUGGUUGCACGCACACAUAGCCAAGAAAUCUGGCUUUGUAAAUCAGGUUUCUGUAAUCCCUCUUCCCGGAUUACAAAAAACGGGUUUCUGGUUUACAUUGUGAUCAUAAAAUCACCGGUUACCUGGCCUCUUACAGUAAGUGCAUGUUAACAAACAAUAGGAAAUAGUACAGGAAGUUGCAAACUAUGCAAGGCCAUAUUUAAAAGAUCCAUUGAAUUUGUACAUCUAGAAGUUAGAGUUCAUGGUUUCUAUGAACCAUGCGAUGGAUAGUAUAGGUAGGAAUCUAAAGUUAUUGCCGUAAAGGGUCUAUGGGUCUCACAAGUAGAGUGUUCUUAAUUAUAAAAUGGAUGUAGAAAACAAUACUAUCAUGUCGGUCUCCCAAUGUUCUAGUGUGUGUGGGUGGACAUGUGUUUAAGUGUCUGUAAACGCUGCCAGUAACUAGAUGCUCCAAUAUGUCUAUGAAUAUGUCUUGGCAGCCAUAUGAACCACUUGGCUGCUGAGUGGGAGAAGAGCAGAGCAGAGGAGUAGGAGGGAGAGAAGAUAGGAGGACCUGACCCCGCAGAUGAUUCAGUCAAUGGAGUAAUCACAGAUAUUCCUCGGAGUCUGCGGUACAAACAGGAGGUUACCCACCAGGCCACGCUCACUUUAGCUGUCUUUUCUUUGUUUAUCUCUCCGUCUGUUUCAGAUGUUUCUUUUUCCACGGCAGAAUGGUGUGUGUGUGUGAGUGUGUGUGUGUGAGGAGGUCCAACACUGAUAUAGAAGCUGUAAUAACUGAUGUUUUACAUGCCUCCAUUAUGAACUGGGGAGGGGUUCAAGUGCCUGUGAUAUCUAAUGAGGUUUUUUUCUCUCCUCAUAUGCAAAUGUAAUAAUAUCCCAUAAUGCACGUUUAUUAUUUCUGUUGUGUAAUUAAUGUUUGUGCGCCGCCUCUGUGACAUAUGGAUUCUUCCCAUAAAGCUAUUGUUUCGGGGGAUUUUCUUUUUCAACCUGGGAGAAAUUAUAAACAUAUUGUUAUUG